AUGUUGUCAACUGCGGGGCACGGUCCAGUCGACGGCCCAGGCCGUCCUCGGUCACGAGUGACGCCACAGGACUGGUUCGAUGGCAACGACGCCGCCAUCAGCUACGUGCUCGCCGGGAAGAAACGUAUGCCCAGAGUCUACAUCACUCGCCACACCGACGACAACAAAUCAGUCUUCUACCGUAGACGUUGCCUUGUGCGACGGCGGCUGUGGGUGAUGCAGGAUGCUUGGAUGGCCCGCAAGGCCAAGGAGAUCCAAGGUUACGCGGAUCGCAACGAAUGGAAGAAUUUCUUCUCCGCAAGCAAGGCUGUCUACGGUCCGCCAACCAAAGCAGCUGCUCAUCUUCUCGGCGCCGACAGCAGUACCCUACACACCGAGAAGGCACAAAUUCUUCAGCCAUGA